AUUUUGAAAACCAAAAGUACUCCCUUCCAAAACUCUCAAACGUACCAUUCCCCCAACAAUCCCUCCCUCUCAACCUCUAUUUUCUCCUCUGAAAAAUGGCAAUCCACCAGCUAAAUCUAGCACAUGAAAAUCAACUGAAACCCCUCAAACUCCAAGGUUUCAAACAAAAGGAUCAAAUGGCAAAUGGGAUAUCCUCCUUUUGGGCUUUGCUUUUCUCCAUUUUCGUCUUUGUUUCUGUCUUCUACAUCUUCAGCCUCUCCCCUUCCUCUCUCCUCAACACAACCAAAUUCUGGUUCUUCAUUUCCAACACUCUCAUUCUCAUCAUUGCUGUUGAUUUUGGUGCAUCGAAAAAACGAGCCGAAAUCUACGAAGAGUGCGUGGAAGAAAGCAUGGGUAAUAUUAAUAGGUUUCCAUCGUUCGAGUGUCCAUACCCGGAAAAGGAAAUUGCUGAGACAAACAAUCCACAGCACCCGGAAAAGAAAAUUGCCAAGACAAACAUUCCAGCCCAAAAGGAAAAGAAUUUACAAGAAACUCUAGAAGAAGUAAAAGAAGUUGUCGUUGAUGUUGUUAGUAAGAGAGAAUCCAGGGAAAAUAAAAUGCAAGUCGUUGCAAAAGUUGAUUUGAAAAUGUGUAUUGAGGAACCCGAAGAAAAGAUGGUAGAAUUCCCUCCAAAAGUUGAUCAUGAGAAAGUUCAUGAGGAAGAAAAGGAAAGAGAAACAAGCAUUGGAAAUGAGCGGCCAAACGAAAAAGAAGAAGAAGGAAGACAAGAAGAAGAAGAUGAUGACGAUGAUGAUGAGUUUUCAAAAAUGUCAAAUGAAGAAUUGAACAGAAGAGUUGAGGAGUUCAUUCAAAGAUUUAACAGGCAAAUUCGGCUUCAAGCAGCUCAAAACAGAAUCCAGCAAACGCAGGGAUGUAAUUAAAAGUCCACCAAACGUCACUGGAAAAUGGAGGGGGGGGGGAAAGCUUGCAUAUAUUCCUUGUGCUUUUGUAAAUUGUUACACGUGCUUUGACCCCUUUUUUUGUACCGGGUCGGUUUGGUUAGGGAAAUAAUGGUAGAAAUUGUAAGAAAUAGGUAAUAUAGACCUUUUGAUGUUAUAUAGUAAGAAUGUCCUAGAAAGUAAUGAAAAGUAAAGAUUCCC